AUGGGUCAAGUACAAGAAGAAACCAUCCGAGCAGUAUCAGCGGCACUGGCAGAUGCAGAUGGAGACCUUCUGUCUGUCAUCAAUGCCAAACAGGAGCAGUGGGAGGCUGAGCUUGCCGCUGCAAAAAACACGGCGAGAAGUCUUCUCGGCAACGUCCUAAACGAACGAGAGUCCCUCAGAACAGCCUUGGCGACUGCUUCCGAAAUUUGGGGAACAUUAAAACCAAGAAACGUACUUGAACGUCAUGGCAAAGGAUCCCCAGCUCGCACAGAGAUCGCAACCGGCGUUUUGGCGGACACUAAACAGAUAGAAAACGUACAGUCUCUGCAAAAUGUUGCGCACACGAUAUAUUAUCUUGAGUUCAUUAUGGGAGCGCCAGGUGCGGUGCAGCGAACACGCAAAUUUAUAGCGAAGCUUGUUGAUGAUGGUGUCGACAAAGUUGUCCCUGGCAACGCUGCCAUGCUCGUUGAAGCCCAUGCCAUUCUAACAGCUGUUGAACGCCUACGAGACCUGAUUUUAUUGGAGACCCCUGCGAUUGACGUCACAGAUUCACCACUAUCGUGGUUUGCCGAUGCCACUCAAACUCGAGGGACCCUUGAAGAUUUCGUUAUUCGUGAUAUUUUCUCGAACGUCAUCGUUGUGUCUCAGAGCAAUCCUCGGCUCUUAGUUGCAGCAGGUCGUAUAAUAGAAAGCGAGGAAGCUGAAGACGUGUGGUGGAACAAACAUUUAGAGCGUUGCGGGCUUACUGAAGAGGGCGGGGCUGUCCGGCCUUUUGGGGCACAGAAUUACAGGAAUCGUGCUUUAGAAUCAGUAAUGACCUCUAUCCGCGAUAUAUUUUACAAGAAGAAACGGGAGCUAGGCUUGGAUGACUUGGAGAAAGAAAUGAAUCGGGACCGAAGUAGAAGUCAACCGUCACCGCGAGGAAGACUUGUAGAUGUUUCAGGAGUCUUGAACUGGAUUGAGGAAAGGAGAUCAGAGAAUGAAACGGUCCGGCGAUUCGUUGUUCCAUGCUUGCCUCCGUCUUUUUGCAUAUCAUCCUCAUACGAAAAAGAGCUGCACCGCCAGUUCAUGAGGUUGAUCACACAGUUGCUCCAUUUGGUACACCCAGACGGCUCCAUGAUGCUUUCGGAAUCAGAUUUAAUUGCGUUGACAUCUUGGUACUGCAAGUAUCGGACGGAAGUCGGAGAGCAUGAGGAAACGAUUGACUCUUUUCUCAGCGACGAUGACAGACGCAGACUUAUCUUCGCGCUCCAAAAGCAUUGUGCUGGACGGAUAUCAACCAAAAUGAAGUUCGCUAUGGCCGCAAAUCGGAACGCGUCACGUGAGGGGGAUAUCGACAAUGCCUUGCGAAAUGGAUCUGACGGAGAUACUGCAGGGAAAUCAAACUCAACUCUCCCCGAUAUCGUCCUAAGUUCGAUAAAUGAGCAGGUUAGAAGAAUGCUCGCGUUGAAGAUCAAGGGCAUGGAUCAAGCAAUUGCCGAGAUAUCAGCUGAUUGUCUCAUAGCGUUUCAACGUGAAGUGCGGUCGGCAAUGUCAGAUGAAGCCUUAGAGUCUACAGAGGAGGAAUACCGCCUCAGUGCCUGCGCUACUGCGAACAAUAUGGCAAGAUGUCUCGAGUAUUCAGAGGAUAUCAGAGACCUCUUCGUUCCGCUUGCUACAGAGAGGGGUCGGCGUAAUAUCGAGGAGAGGAUGGAGCGCGUAAUUGAGGGCUUUCGCUCAUGUGCCUCAUCGGCACUACUAGUGCUCAUAGAUGGAAUGGAUUCGUCCCUAAGGUCGCAUGUGGCACGCCUUUAUGCACCCCAAACCGGCACAGAAAUCAUGCUUGACAUCAUUGCCACGAUGGAAGAUUAUUUCUCAGAAUAUCAAGGAUUCUUGCUGCCGUAUCACUUUGAGCAUCUUGCUAUCGAGAGCCUUAAGCGCGUAAUUGUCUGGUACCUCGCCCCGUUCUUGCUUGCCGUGCAGAACACUUCGGAGAGCGCUGCGAGGCGGUUCACGUCGCUCCCUACAUUCGGAGAGAUGAACACGAUGACGCCGGUCAUACCGAAGGAAACAGGCGACAGAGGGUCGGCUGGUAGAGCACCUGCAACUCGUGGUUCCGACACGACGAUUGUGAGUGGGUUACGGUCUUUGAGUGGGGCUGCGGUUGUGGCCCAAAUAGACAAAGAUCGAACCAACCUGAGUGAAUUCAUGUCAAGGAAAGUUGUCAUGUACCAAAAAAAGCAAUUACCACCUACACUGGAACCGAUGCAAGCGAUAAGGUCCCUAUAUACAUGUCCAUCAACUACUUUCGGGAUGUCUGAUGCUUUUCGCGAAGCGCGAAUUGUCAUCAGCAGAGCCAUGCGUCCACAAUGGGUAUCGCGGUGUGGUUUGUCUGGGCAAAUGACCUUCCGCGUUGCCGAAGUGAUCUGGGAGAGAAGGGAAGAUGUAAACCCUGUCGUACUUCUUGAGGCUGUGAGCCUUAUACGUUCACUGGGAGACAAGCCAGACCGCCUAAGCCCUCGGGAGAGCCGAAUGUCCAGUUUUGACGAAGGCCACUUUCUCAGAUCCAGGCAUAGAGACUUGCGCGGACCAUUCUCAGAGCGUUUACUCGGUAACGGUCUGAAUUUCGAGCGAACGCCAUCACCGUCAUUACUAUGGGCCCCAUCGACCUCCAGGUCAUGGAGAUCCCGCCGGCGAUAGCUGCAAGAGCCUUCCGCUUUUUUCUCGUUUCAAUCAGGUGACACCACCAUUUUUGGAUCAUGUCUUACUGCAGCGCUGACGGCAGUUGUCGCAUGUGCAUUUGCUUCCGCGCUUCGCAAAACUGAAGAGUUCAUACUAUUGAUCGGUAGUCGGGAGAAGGACCAAGCUGGGUGUUCUUCAAGACCUUGCAGCGCUACGGGUGUUUGUUGAUACUAUUUUUCAGCUUUCGAGUAUGGCUAACAUAGUUGUGCACAUAAGAUCAGAGACCAAGACAUCAGUGAUGAAUCAUACGGAGGAGACAGAGUACGUGGACCAGACAGUGGCUGACGAAGACGGUGCUCGUACAGUACACCGACUUGACCUCAAAGGAAAGCAUUUUCAGUGUGUUUCCUUUGUCUGCGAGUUUCGCGCCCUUUUUUAAAUUUUGAAAGAAAACAA